UCGAUUUUUCUGAGUCACGGCCAUGGACCUUUCUCGACCAUUCUGUUAGCUUUUACCAGAAUAGUUGUGUCGUUUGCUUCCGGAAUGUCCGAGAAUACGUGGUAAACGUAUAUAAGAACUCAGCCAACUAGGAGUUAUAAGUGUAGAACAGAGACCAACUGAUCUGUAUUGAGCUAUAUUGACAGAGCGCUAUUAUAAAUUACUUGGAAGAUAAUCGCGCAUUUUGGGAACAUUUGGAAGCAACGAGGAAGAAAUGGCAGCACUUGUGCCACACGAAGAAGAAUUGAUGGAAACAGACGCAGCAGAUGUUUCUGUUCGGGAACAGUUAGCUAGUGGUGAAGGAGCGAAAAGUGGGAGUAGUUUAAAAAUCACAGUGAAGUGCCAAACCCUGGAAGGUCUCGAAAAACUUUGGUCAGACUAUUGUUCAGGUCAUCUCACUUCUGUAGCACAGGAAUAUCUUGUCACAGAUGAUAUUAAGGAAAAGCUAGGUGUGGAAUCUUUAAAGCUGAAAACAGUUAUUACAAAGGAGGAUUACCUGAAAUGCAAACAGUACCUUCUAAACAAGGCAGCUAACAGCACUGGUCUGUCCUCAUCACCUGUGUCCAGCACAGAAAACCUGCUGGAGGAUAAGGGAGCUACAAGCUUGCGUAAAAGUGACAAUGAUGGCAAUGAUGAAGAUUGCUUUGAACAAAGUGUAGGACAAGAUGAAGAGAAAAUGAUUUAAGCAAAGAUCUGGAAUGGUUAAAUUAAAAGUUGCUUUCUAGAAAAUGUAAAUAAUCUUGUUGCACACUUCAACCAGGUUGUGUUAAUUCACAUCCUUCAUAUUUUCUUGAUUUACUCUUAUUGUAUAUAGACAAUGGCUUGGAACAACAACUGAAUCAAGGCAGCUGUAAUAAAAAUGUAUUAAGGAACUAGUGUUAAACUAUCCCAUUGAAGAACUGAGUAUGAAGUGAUUUUAAUUUUGUACCUUUCCUUUUGAAACUUAGCAAUGUUUGUGCAUUGACAAAUGAAAAUUAACAUGGAAUCCCAUGCAUCUUUAACAAAUUGGACACCAAUUGUAUGAGAUGACUUCAAAUUCUCACUCAAUAAUAGUUUCAUUAUUAGUUGGAGUUGGCUUAUAGGAUUUGCAAUUUGGUUGUCCUUUCCUGAUGUAACUUAUUUCAGAGGAUGGCAUUAAAAAUGUUCCUUACAUGUUGUACUACUCCA